CGGGGGUUUCUAAGCGGGGGGAUUAUUAUCAUAAAAGGGGGCUAAGCUAUCACAGCAGGGGACUUUUUGAAUAUAGAAGGCUCCUUUGGAUGUUGGUUAAGGGGGGGUCGGUGUAUAAUGGUCGGGGGUUAGUGACAAUGUGUAUGUGGUUGUGUGUUCUGGUGGGGAUUACAAGUGUUGGCGCAAGUGAGUUUCCUGAAAGAGAAUGCUGCGAUCCAGUAUACCCCCCAGUCACGGUGACCACGUCAUCGCCUCCUGUCACCCAUCCUGUCGGAAAGAUUUCAGGGCCGGGUAUAAAAGGUACCAUGGCGAUACUCAACUGUUUACUGGCGCGACAACUCUGCUUCGAAGAUGCCUCCUGCUCCGCCAUUUUGGAAAUAAUACCGCGCGUCUGUGGAUCCGAACUCGUUGCCUGCUCUACCGUUACCGUGACGAAAUGCCAAGCUGCACUGAGGACUCUGCAAGCCUUUCCGUUCUUCAAGCCGACCUGCCUCUGUCGAGAACCGAACGUUGAUCCUGAAUGUAACUCUUUCCGCGACUUUCUGUUUGACCAUCCCUGCGUUUUUGUUAUGAAGAAGGAGAAAGACCCAUACCCAGUGGAAACUUUACCAACCUGCACCUAUGCACUGAGUGUCUGCCACAAUGAAAAACCAUGCUCGGUCCUCUUUGACCGGUUCAAGAACGCCUGCAAGGCCAGGGAUGGAGAAUGUCGUAUGGAGGAUAGGGAAUCUUGCCGUGAAGCCUGGGCAGGUUUACGUCUUUCCCCUCUCUUCGGAUGCAUCUGCCCCAACACCCACAUGAAGAAACGUUGUGACCGCAUCUUUGCUGUUGUAAACCACAACCCGUGUGUUGAGCGAAUUGGAAAGGAAAACGGUAAAGCAGGUGAUGAUAAGGCGGCUCUCCAAUCAACAUGUCACACAGCCCUGGACACUUGUAUUAAGGACACCGAAUGUGUGGCAGCCCUAACGCCGGUACUGCAGAAGUGCCAUUCAACCGAUUGUGAUCGGGAAGGGUGCAUGGGAGCUUUAAGGCACUUCUACCGCAAGCCAGGAGUGCAUUGGAAUACAGAAAUCGCAUUUUGUUUGUGCAAGAAAACUGACAACAAAGAGGACUCUUGUAUGAACGCCCAAGAGCGGCUUCAUCCAUCGUGUGCCCAGCGGCCCCCAGUGGGAUCUCCGCUACCUGCCUGCCAUACUCUUGCCCAUACCUGUCGCGAGGACCCUGAAUGCAGAAUGCGUCUGGAGAACUACGAACAAUGGUGUGCUGUGGAUGCCGUGACUCAGGGAUGCGCCGGUUCUCCAGCAGCUUGCCGCGCUGCCGUUGUAGCUGUUCUUGGUACUCAACUAAGAGCCGCCUGCGCAUGUCGCGGGACUGAUUUCGCACAACUCUAUGACUGUCUCGGUUGGCAGAGACUGCUGUGGCUUAAUCCCUGUGUUGUUGAAUCUCAAAGCGACUACCACGUAAAAACCUAUGGCCCUCUGCUAAUAACAACUCCCUUCGACAACGGAAUCCGAUACAUAACGGUUGCACCGGAACCAGCAAUUCACCACCGCACAACAACCCACCACCAUCGUCACACGACUCAGCAUGGUACUUCGGACCAUGUAUCGAAGCCUGAAGUACUACAAAAAUCCCGUGAAGAGCCAAGCCCAAUUACAACAAUGUCAGAGCAAACUGUUGGUCCAAACGAAAUAUCUCAGAUCUCCGAACCUGCCGCAACGUCUACGACCUCUACAACAACUAGUACUACUACAACAACAAUAACUACAACCACAACAACAACUACUACAACAACCCCAAAACCAACAACGCUGGAGCCGGCGAAAUAUUGCGUUGUUAAGAAACCAGAGAGUGAUGAUAAAGAACAAAUUAUUCGUAUGGGUGAAACGAGGCGGCUAUACCGGUCAGCAGAGCUGGCGGAAUGUACUGACCUAUGCGUCUGCGAAGCUUCUCUCCAAGUAUCGUGUAAGGUGGCAUGCGUCCCCCGGGCUCCAUGUUCCUCGCGCCUGGCGCAUUACUCGCACGCCGCGCCAGCCUAUCAGGCCUACCGAGGGCGAUGUUACUGCUACUCUGGAUCCUUUAUCUGUAUGCGGCCUAAUCCAGGUGAAUAUCGGCUUCCAGAAGGCGUGUACCUUUUAUUAGGCUUCAGUUCGGUAGAUGAGUCAUUGCUGCGACCGCACACGGGUCUUGGGGCUGAAGAUGCUGUGAGGCUGCUACAACAGUAUAUGCAUCACGUCACUAGGGAUCAGACUAACUGCACUCUGACUCUUUUCAACAUAAGUAACGAAAACGUGAUCAUAUCCGCCAGUGUUCCUCAGAAGGAACAAGAAACUCUUAAAGAGGCUGGUGAACCCUUACUGGACAAAGAAAAGGAGGCCUGCAUCGAUGUCCUGAAGAUAAUCAAGGCUCGCAUCAACACCCAGCACGAGGACAUCUCCUCGCACUUGCUGCUUUCCAUCUUCAAGAUCGCUGAAGUAGACGUUGUGUACCCCGCACCCCCCGCCUCCUCAUCUCCCCACUUCACGCCAAGCAAAGUUUUAUACACACUCCUUAUAUUAAUCACUUUCCUACGCAACUUUAAUUUUUAUAUAUUUUUUAAAAAUACCGUCAAUUGUUUGUCGAAUUUACACAACACUAGAUUUAGGGGACGAAUUUCUCGCGUUCUUUCAAAGAUAUAUAAAGAUUUUUUAUCUAUUUUGAAAUGUUAUAAAGAAUUUAUCGAUGUAGAAAAUGUAUUCUCGCACGAUGCACUCGCUUUAGACAAAGCACAAAUCACAAAUAUAUUUAUAAGUUAUAUAGAUGUAUAUAGCGUUAAGAUAACGAAACAUAUCGUAAAAGCUGUGAAAACAAUAUAUACUUGUAAACUUGUUGCUGAAGCAAUGAAACCUAAAUAUUUUUCUAGAGAUGUGUAUAUUGGUGUUAUUUCGAUGCUUUUCGGUGAGUUCUUUUUUGAAAAUAUCGCGUCCUUUUCUUAUGGGAUUGUGAAAUCCGUUAGUUUAGCUAACUCUAGUAGUAGUAUGAAGACUGAGAUGAACUAAACAUAUCUUUAUAGUUAAGUGUAUUAUGUUUAUUUUCGACUAGAACUGGUGCUUGUAGGUGGAUCUUAAGGCUGGGUUUUGUAAAUAAUAUACUACGCCUUUUACACUAUUAGAAUUCUGUUCCAGCUCUGAUAGUGACUGAUGUUUUUUGAUACAUCUGAAUUUUAAUAAUUCACUUUCCCACUAUGUUUAUUUAACAUUUAAUCACUGCAUCAUAUUUUUUUUUGUCUUUCGUAUGCAUCGAAGGAUUACUAAGUUAUAAUAUUUGAAAAAAAAUUGUUUAAUUCACAACAUUUCUGAAUUUAUAGCUGAAGUGGAGAAGUACCUAACUAAAACCAUCACAAAAGAAUGGAUUAUAUUUUGCCCUAUAAUUCACUUGUAUCAAAAGCCAUCAUCGUAUAAUAAGGGUAGAAUGUUACAUGCGCCUUUCCGUUAGUUAGGAGUUGUCAAUGUAUGCACGAUAGAACGCGUGUGUUUAGCAACUCUCAUACAAAACCUUGCAACUGUCUAAAAUCAAUACUGACUUGUAAUACUCAAUUCACCAAGUGUCUAUCCACCAAUCUAAUGACGUCAUCAAACGGCGUAUCCAAACCGACGUGAAUCUAAUGUGAAGAUACUGAUACGCUAUUGAAGAUACGGACUGAGUCUGAACAGUUUCAUUGUCACCUAACACGGCAUCAAUCAAUUACUUAAAUUAUGAAAUAAAUAUGUCGAUGUCGCAAAUACAUAUAAUGGUGUCAAAUAAUUGAAGAAUGCUAGAACUUAGUUAAACUUUCCUAAAUAUUAUUUAACACAUUGUUAUUAAGGAAAUGAUGAGCAAAAACUAUAUUAAGAUAUCCUAACAAUAAAAAAGAACUAGGAUUGAAUAUUUAUAUUAGUAUUGUUUCAUAUUUUAUCUAUACGUUAUUUCUUGUCAAUUGGAAGUUGCUAAAUAACGUUUAUAAUGUUAGGUCACUUAGAUAUAUUUCAGAAGCGAAAUGGUAAAGAAGGAAGCUUUAAUUUGGAGUAGAUAUAGAUUCUUGUGUUAUAAACUAACCGUUAGAAUUUGAUGUACCGUCUAUGUAAUUUCUUUGCUUUAUUGUAGGCGAGUUUAUAGGUGUCAUUAAAAUUCACUCGACAUUUCUCCUUCAGAAAUUCAAUCGUGAGAAGUAUGAAAGUAUUUUUUAAAUGCGUAUUUUAUUUUAAUAAACCUAUAGACACUAUAGUUUAUAGAUUUUAUAACCUUUAUUGCAUUACUCUUAGAGUUGUCAUAGGAUAAACCAAUAAUAUCAAGGCUACAUAGACUCGUGAUAGAACAAUCUAAAUAUAAAGUAAAUACCCUCGAUUUGGCUUGAUUGUCAGAGAUUUUCCGGAAAUGUAUUAUAAAAUCUUCGGCCUUAUAAAACCUGUGUAUU